AGUCGGAGCACAGCACCGGCAGACAGCCCGUGUGCCUCCUGACAGCGCCUGUCAAACAGCCAGCCGCUCCCCCCCCAGGGAGCUGUUUAUUCACACCACCCCACCACAGACUCCGGAGCAACGGGGACCAGGUUUCCCAAACUCUGUUUACUUCACUUUUCCCGUCUGCGCGCACAGGACACAGGACGGACAAGAAGCUUUUGAGAAAGAAAGAGAGAGAGAGAAAGAGAGAGAGAGAGAGUGAGAGAGAGAAUGAAAGAAUGAGAGACAAGACACGAGAGAGGUACUGAACAAAGCUUUUGGAGCUCUUGGUCUCUGAAUUUGUCAGUUUACUUCCCGGAUGUUUUUUUUUUUUUACUGAGCAGACGAGAGAAGGACGGCGCUGUGACAUCCCUCACACUGCUUCCGGACAUCUGGAAUAAGACCUCGCAGUUCCCAAGGACGCUCGGGGGACUUUGAGGAAGACCCUGCGUUGACCGCGCUUCUGGCACAGAUUCCCAGUGCAGAGAGUCGGUGCCAGUCUGAACCUCUGCUGAUUUAAGGGGCGCACCCCCGCCCGAACCCCUGCCUUAUUCGGGCUUGAGAGUGACCCCAACAAGGGCUAGAGGAACCAUGGAGGACCACCAUCCCGACUCCCUGUUCCCCAAAUCCACCCUCAUCCCCGUCACCAUCGUCUGUCUCCUGCUCUUCCUAGUGGGCGUGACCGGCAACACCAUGACCAUCCUCAUCAUCCAGCGCUUCAAGGACAUGAAGACCACCACCAACCUCUACCUGUCCAGCAUGGCCGUCUCCGACCUGGUCAUCUUCCUCAGCCUGCCCUUCGACCUGUACCGGCUGUGGAAGUACAUGCCCUGGGUGUUCGGGGAGCUGGUGUGCCGCCUGUCGCACUACAUCAACGAGGGCUGCACCUACGCCACCAUCCUGCACAUCACCGCACUCAGCAUGGAGCGCUACCUGGCCAUCUGCUUCCCGCUCAAGGCCAAGGUGGUGGUGACCAAGCGGCGGGUCAAGUACGUGAUCCUGGCGCUGUGGGCCUUCGCCCUGCUCUCCGCCGCCCCCAUGCUGGUGCUGGUGGGGGUGGAGCACGAGAACGACACGCACCCGGACCACAGCACGCGCCAGUGCAAGCACACAGCCUACGCCGUGUCCUCGGGCCUCCUCCGCACCAUGAUCUGGGUCUCCACCGCCUACUUCUUCUGCCCCAUGUUCUGCCUGCUCUUCCUCUACGGCUCCAUCGGGCGCAAGCUGUGGCGGAGCCGCGCCGACCUGCGCGGGCCCAACGCCGUGGGGCGAGAGAAGUCCCACCGGCAGACCGUCAAAAUCCUGGCGGUGGUGGUGCUCGCCUUCGCCAUCUGCUGGCUGCCCUUCCACAUCGGCAGGAACCUGUUCACCCACGUGGACGACUACCCCACCGCCAAGCUGAGCCAGAACUUCAACGUGGCCUCCAUGGUGCUGUUCUACCUCAGCGCCUCCAUCAACCCCGUCCUCUACAACCUCAUGUCCCGCAAGUACCGGGCCGCCGCCCGCCGCCUCUUCCUCUGCUGCCGGCACCGCCACCGGCACGCGCCCAGCCAACGGCAGCUGUCCGGGCGAGACGACCUGCCCACCUGCGACGAGACUCUCACCGGGGUGUAAGAGGCCCGCCGGAACGGUGGGCGGCGGCGGGCUACGGCGUUCGCGGAGGGACCGGAGAGGGAGGGGGGCGGCCGAUAGGGAGCGGGUCGGUAUGUUAAGGCUUUUUUUUUUUUUU